UGAGAGCUUUCAUUUCCUUCCUGAUCAGCAUAGUGUUUGUUAUGCUUCAGUUUUAUUCAUGGAGUCCAGUAUAUCAACAAAGGAAAUACUGACAUAUACCUGCCCUGUAUUUACAAGCUAUUGUUUUUAGAAUGAGAAACAUUUUGUACUGCGUCACUUCACUUUUCAUCAUAUGUGGGUCUGAAGAGCAAAUGGAGUGCAAAAAAUCACAUCCAUAUCCGUGCUGCUACAACCAGCAGUUGAAUGAAGAUAAUAACACCUGUAUAGAGUGUCCCAAAGGAAGCAUUGGCUGGAAUUGUAAAUCAUUAUGUCCCUCUGGAUUUUAUGGACGUCUGUGUAAAUCUCCCUGCGAGUGUUUCGCCUCGGAGUGUCAUCGUGUGACUGGCUGUAUAACGACAAUCGGUCCCCCGUCUGUCACUACGUCAGCUACAGAUACAGCUUCAUAUCACAACCCAUUGACAAUCGCCACUGCAACUAGUAUUGGUGGAGGGUCUUCUCAUCCAAGCAUUAAACCGAUUAAAAAGAAUCUACACUUUCACUACGAGGAUGCUCACGAUGAUCACGCCACUCCCCUGUCAACCCUAGGGUUUUCUGUGCUUGGCUCAUUGUCCUCUCUCUGUAUUAUUGGUUGUGUUCUCUUUAUCUACUCGCGGAAGAAGAAGUGGAAGUUCAAAAGUUCUCCCAAUGGUUCAAGGAUAAGACAGGCGUUUCUUCCUUGCGUUAAUGAAGGUGUGUUUAACUCAGAUAGUUUUUGGAUUUUUUUAACAAUUUCCAUAACUACAAAGAUUUUUUUAGAAGAUCGUCAACAAGAAGUGGUUCAGGGCUCCGGUGACAUUGAACUCUCUAAUGUUAAUGCAGCACCAGUAUGUGGACAGGAAGAAGACGACAGUCCGUACUCUGAGAUCAGAUAUUCCCAGUUCAUCGGGGGAGCCAACGCAGGGGGUGCAUGUAUGAACACAUCGUAUAACACAAUGCAUAAGUGUGACUCCGACAAACAUCAUUGCAAGUCAGAAAAACAGAACACUUACCAAAAGUCUAUAAAUAAAAAUGAAUACGAUCACGUCAAACUGAAAGUGAAAUCUUCAGACAUGGGGUCUGAGAGGAAUCUAAGUUUGACUCGCUACAGUGAUGAGGAGUAUGUUUCCCUUUUGAGCGAGCAAUCACUUGGUAAGGAAGUCCGACCGAAGGAUGGUUUGAAAUGUCAGAAUCUGACGCUCUCAAAACAUACGUCGAACGAUUUUACCGAGAUGGAAAAAGGGGAAGACAAAGCUUAUCGUCUAUUAACGGAAUAUAGCUUACAGAAAUUAGAAUUUGAAAUGGAAGUCGAAAUAGAUCAGCUUUCAGAAAAGACCACGCACCAUUUUAUAGACACUGACAAGCAGACUGGCCCCCAGAGUGACAACAGACCAUACAGCAUGGCUGGGGGACUGUCAGAGACCGAUUUAAGUAAAACAGUAGAUUUACCGAACAACACUAAUUCUGAAACCAAAAACUUGUCAGUCAACGAUUUAAGUGAAGUAGUUGCAGAUUCUGUAAAUCAAUCAGACAUUGAUAUCCCUGGGAAAAGAGAGGACCAUGAUCAGACAAACACAAGACCAUACAGUAUUGCAAAAAUACCCGAGUUCUAAUCAAAAGGCAUAUAAUUGUACGGGGAAAAUUAACAUUGCACUCUGAGUGCUGAUGCAGGAAUCAAAGAUUAUUAAUAUUGACUUGUUUUCUAUUUGAAAACGUUUGGUUAGAAGUUACAUUUCUUUGAAAGUUUAAAAGAUAAAUGAUAGGUAUGCAAUAAAUACAAAAUAAAUAUCAAACAAAAGAAAUAAAAAUGAAUCCUUUAUUCUUCCGUGUUACA